CCUAGAUUAGAUUUGUUAGAAAUUCUCAUUCCAAACUCCGGAGUAGCAUUUGGGAUUCACAAGUCAAAAGUCAAAAGUUUCCCCACCAAUCAGCGCCCUUCUUCACUUCCGAACUCCUAACUUCUCUGCAACCAAAAACCCGAACCAAACUAAACCUAGAGCUUCAAACAUGGCGAUUCCAUCAAAAUCUUCCCAUCUCCUUCUCCUCCUCCUCCUCACCCUAACCCUAAUCCUUCACUCUUUCGCACCCUUCAAUGCCUCCGCCGACUCCGACUCCGACUCCGAAUCCGACCCGGCCGCGGAGCUCCUGGCCCUCCAAGCCCGAUCCAAGUCCGGCGUGAUCCGCCUCGACGACCACUCUAUCAAGCGCUUCCUCACCUCCGUCAAGACCCCUAGGCCCUAUUCCGUCCUCAUUUUUUUCGAUGCUGCCCAACUCCACGACAAGCAGGAGCUCCGACUCCAGGACCUCCACUCCGAAUUCAGCCUCCUCGCCUCCAGCUUCAUCUCCAAUAACAAGGAUUCUCCCUCCAAAUCCAAGCUCUUCUUCUGCGACAUCGAGUUCAAAAAUUCACAAUCCACCUUCGCCCAGUUCGGCGUCGAGUCUCUCCCCCACAUUCGAUUCGUCAACCCAAAUGACAGAACCCUGAAGGGAUCGGAGCAGAUGGGGCAGGGCGACCUCUCCCGCCUCGCCGAAUCUAUGGCCGAGUUCGUCGAAUCCAGGACGAAGCUCACCAUCGGCCCGAUCCAAAGACCCCCAAUGUUUUCCAACAAACAGUUGAUAAUUUUCGGGAUCGGGCUUCUGAUUUGGGCACCCUUUGCUGUGAAGAAGAUCCUUUUGGGUCAGACAAUACUUCACGAUCCGAAGAUUUGGCUCGGAUUCUCUGUGUUUGUGUAUUUCUUCAGCGUUUCGGGGGCUAUGCACAAUAUAAUUCGGAAGAUGCCGAUGUUUUUGGCCGACAGGAACGAUCCUUCGAGGCUAACAUUCUUCUAUCAGGGAUCUGGGAUGCAGCUUGGGGCGGAGGGUUUUGCAGUGGGGUUUUUGUACACGAUUGUGGGGUUGUUGCUGGCGUUCAUGACACGCAUUCUUGUGACGGUAAAGAGUGUGACGACCCAGAGGAUAGUGAUGAUUCUGGCAUUGUUCGUUUCUUUUUGGGCUGUGAAGAAAGUUGUUUAUUUGGAUAAUUGGAAGACAGGUUACGGCAUUCAUGCCUACUGGCCUUCAAGUUGGAAAUGAGACGGGCAAAGAUGCAUCCUUCAUGCCUCCAAUUGGAGGUAAAGAAGUUUUUUCUUUUUUUGUGUUUUUAUGAAUAGUCAUAACUUGGUACUGAAACUUAGAUGAUCUUUGAGAUUUUGAGUGCAAAACUUUGCCUCCAAAAACAAUCAAUCACCUGAAAACCUUGUCUGUAAUGGCUUAUUUUGCUCAAUGGAUUUAUGUGCUUUGGAGGCUUAGUGGCUUAUAAUGCUGAUAACAGACAUUGCAUCUAAAA